AUGAUAAUAAAUAAAACUUAAUCUAACUUGAAUAAUAUCAAUUUCAAUGAUAUUAUUAUUCCAAUUAAAUUACAACAUCUUUCAAGAAGGGUUUAAGGUUAAGAAAAUGGCAAAGCUAUGCAAUUAUUAAAAAGCUAUAAAAAAAUUCCAUAAAUAACAACAGAAUUUCAUUCUCCAAUAAUAGUGAAUAGUAUAAAAUAAAGAAAGGAUUCAAAUUAUUCUUAAUAACCAUAAUAAUUAAUAGAAAAAGAAAGUAAGUAAAUAACAAUUGAUUCAGAAUACAUGACAAAUCAAUAUAAAUAAAUAAAUCUUUAAAGUAGUUUACCAUAGAUUCCAUUAUCAACUAUGAAUACUUUAACUAAAUUAAAUGAUUUAUCUAGAAGUAGCAAUUUGAUUUAAACACCUAAAAAUAGUGAUACUAAAAGAUCUUUAGUGAAAUCAUAAUUUAAAACAUAUAGUAACAAUCAAAAAAAUAAUCUUAUCAACAAUUCUACGAAUACAGGAAGUAGUAAAGAUUCACACUAAAAUUAAAGCACUUUAUAAAAAUAAAUUUAUGCAAAAAAUAUUAUCUAUUCUUAUUGUGGGAAACCAAGAAAAAGAAAAGUAAAUGUUUCUGCCAAAAGUUUUAUUGUUUAUGAUUGUUUUGAGAAUAGAAUUGUUUCUUAAAGAAAAUGUAAUAAAAGAAUGGAAAUUGCUAGUUUAACCAAGAUUAUGACAUUCUACAUUACAAUGGUUAUUUUAGAAUAAAUUAAUCUCAAUUAUAAAGAUAUCAAAGUCAAAGUUACUAAAAAAGCCUCAGAAACUAUAGGUACAACAGCCGAUUUGAAAUAUAAUGACAUUUUGACUAUUUAAGAUCUAUUAUAUGGUUUAAUGUUACCUUCAGGUAAUGAUGCUGCAACUUUAAUUGCAUAAACCAUAGGAACAAUAAUGUAAAUUUAUUAUAGAUUAUAAAAUUAGAUUAUUUUAUGAAUCAGAUAAAUAUUUGGAUUAUAAAUUAAUAGAUAUUGAAUAAUUGAGUGCUGAAGGUCAUUAUUAUAAUUUAGAUUUAAAGACUCAUUAAUGUCCAAUUGAAAUAUUUAUUAGUAAAAUGAAUCAUUAUUCAUAUUUGAUUGGAUAAAAAAAUACUUAAUUUGCAUGUGUACAUGGAUUGGCUAAUUAAGAUAAUGUAUAUAUAAACCUUAUAUUAGUAUUCUAGUUGUCAUGAUAUUGUUUUAUUAUCAUUAGAGUGUAUGAAAUAUGAUACAUUUAAUUAAGUCAUUUCUUGUAAAGAAUACAUUUCAUAAACAUAAAAUAAUAACAAAAGUUAUGAAUGGAAAAAUACAAAUAAAUUAUUAGAUAAAGGCUUUUUUGGUAUUAAAACUGGAGUAACUGAUUCUGCUGGUCCAUGUUUAGCAAGUGCUUAUCGAUCUAAUGAAAUGGAAUAUUAUAUCAUUAUUGUAUUGAGUUGUAAGAAUUUGCAACUAAGAUUUGAUGAAACUAUUUCAUUGUUAUAACAUGCAAAAUACAAAAAGUCUUUGAAUUCAAUUAUAUAAUGAAUAAACCAUAUAAUUACUUAUUCAAAUUCAUCAUUGUUGGAGACACAAGUAAACAUUCUAAACUAUUAAAGAGGUGUUGGAAAGAGUUGCCUUCUACUCCAAUAUGUUGAUAAAAAAUUUAGAUAAGAUCAUGAAGCUACUAUUGGUGUUGAAUUUGGAGCAAAACAAUUGAUUAUCAAGUCUAAAGUAAUCAAAAUUCAAAUUUGGGAUACAGCUGGUUAAGAGUCAUUCAGAUCAAUUACUAGAUCAUAUUAUAGAGGGUAUUUCUAAAUAAAUAACAUUAGUUCUAUUGGGGCCAUAUUAGUUUAUGAUGUUACUAGAAGAGAAACCUUUGAAAAUGCUACUACUUGGGUUAAUGAAAUCAAGAAAUAUGGUAAUGAUAAUAUUGUGAUCAUUCUCGUUGGUAAUAAAACAGAUUUAAGCGAUAUGUACAAUUUAUUAUAUAUUUAAGUCGGAAAGUAUCAGAAGAUGAAGCAAAAGAAAUGGCAAAAUAAAAUGGUCUUGAAUACAUUGAAGUUUGUGCUAAAUAGAAUUAUAAGGUUGAUGAAGCAUUUUAAAUAAUUACUGAAAAAAUAUAUAAGAAAAUUGAGUUAAACUAAAUUGAUCUAUCCAAUGAAGUAUAAAUAAUAUAUAAGUAUUUAGAAAUGUGGAGUUAAAUUAGGCUCUAAAGGAAGUUUUAUUGAAGAAAAUUAAUAAGAAGAUUAAAAGAAGUAAUCAAUAUGUUGUUGA